AUGGCGCGCAGAGAAAGCACCAAGCAAAACCUUUUCGUUGUCUCCAACCGUCUCCCCUUGUCGGUCAAGAAGACCGAUGACGGCUCCUACCAAUCGUCCCUGUCGGGUGGUGGCCUGGUCACCUCGCUGUCGGGACUGACCAAAACCACUCAGUUCAGCUGGUUCGGCUGGCCAGGCCUCGAUGUCGCCGAAGAGAAGGAACGGGAGUCACUUCGCAAGAGCUUGGACGAACACAACGCAAUCCCGAUUUUCCUAGACAACGAGCUGGCGCAUGAUCACUACAAUAACUUCUCUAACUCAAUCCUCUGGCCCAGCCUUCACUAUCAAUCCGGCGUCAACUUCGACGAAGGGCCCUGGAAAUCUUAUCAAAAAGUCAACGAGAUCUUCGCCGACACGAUUGCCGAGCGUGCCCUUCCAGGAACAUUAAUCUGGGUCCACGACUACCAUCUCAUGCUUCUACCCCGGCUGCUGCGCGACCGGCUGAAGGGCAAGAACUGCGCGAUUGGCUUUUCUCUGCACACCCCCUUCCCUGCGGGCGAUUUCUGGAGAAGUCUGCCGGUGCAGAAGGAUUUGUUGGACGGGAUGCUCGCUAGCGAUGUGAUUGGGUUCCAUACGGAGGAGUAUAAGCAGAACCUGGUACACUCUGCCGAGAUGCUGGGCGCGAAAACAGAUACCCCCGGCCAGAUUGAGUACCGCGGCCACCAGGUUGUGGUGGAGAAGUUCAUUGUCGGCAUUGAUCCACAAAAGUUCGCGGACUCGCAGGCAAACGAGGAUGUGCAGAAGCGCAUCAAGCAGCUGCAGGAACGGUACAAGGGAAUGAAGAUCAUCAUUGGGGUGGAUCGGCUGGACCACAUCAAAGGCCUGACGCAGAAGCUCAAGGCCUACGAUGCUUUCCUGGAUCAGCACCCGGAGCUGAACAACAAGGUCGUGUUGAUUCAAGUGGCCGUGCCGAGUCGCGAAGAUGUCAAGGAGUAUCAAGAUCUGGAGACGGAGGUUAGCACCAUUGCGGGCAGGAUUAAUGGGAAGCACUCGACGGCCGAUGGUUGUCCCUUGAUCUACAUGCACAGGUCGGUCAACUUCAGUGAAUUGACCGCGUUGUACUCGGUCGCGGACGCGUGUCUGCUCACCUCCACACGCGAUGGCAUGAACCUGGUCUCGUUCGAGUACGUGGCCUGCCAGGCGCAGCGGCAUGGUGUUUUGGUCCUCUCGGAGUUCGCUGGAGCGGCUACGUUCAUGAAGGAGGGCUGUCUGACCUUCCACCCUGCGAACCAGUCGGAGAUGGUUGACGCGCUCUACAAGGCUGUGACGAUGGGCGAUGAAGAUCGGGAGAAGAAUUACGACACCUUGCGAAAGUUUAUCGAGACGAAUACCAGUGCGAAAUGGGGAGAGACCUUCAUCGACACGUUGUAUGGUCGCUUGAGAAGCUCGUAG